AUGGGCAACGCGGGGAGUAUGGACCAGCACAGUGACAUGAGGGGACACGGCAUGCCUUUAAAGCUGCCCAUGCCGGACCCGGGGGAACUAGAGGAAAAAUUCGCCAUAGUUUUGAAUUCCAUGAACUUGCCUCCAGACAAAGCCCGGUUACUGCGGCAGUAUGACAAUGAGAAGAAGUGGGAGCUCAUCUGUGACCAGGAAAGAUUCCAAGUGAAGAACCCUCCUCACACAUACAUCCAGAAGUUGAAGAGUUAUCUGGAUCCUGCUGUCACAAGGAAGAAAUUCCGCCGGAGGGUGCAAGAGUCCACCCAGGUCCUUCGAGAGCUGGAAAUUUCAUUAAGGACCAAUCAUAUUGGAUGGGUGCGCGAGUUUCUAAAUGAGGAGAAUAAAGGCUUGGACGUGCUGGUGGAGUAUCUCUCAUUUGCACAGUAUGCUGUCACAUUUGAUGGUGACAGUGUUGAGAAUGGCACAGAAAAUGCAGUGGACAAGUCUAAAUCUUGGAGUCGCUCUAUUGAAGAUCUUCAUGGGGGCAGCAAUCUACCUUCUCCUAUCACCGGAAACAUCAGCAGAGCUGGGAGACACUCUACGUUAAGAUGUAACACGUUGCCAAGCAGAAGAACGUUGAAGAAUUCGAGAUUAGUGUGUAAGAAAGAUGACGUUCACGUCUGUAUUAUGUGCCUACGAGCCAUCAUGAACUACCAGUAUGGCUUCAACAUGGUCAUGUCCCACCCACAUGCUGUGAAUGAAAUUGCACUAAGUCUGAACAACAAGAAUCCCAGGACUAAAGCUCUAGUGCUGGAGCUGCUGGCUGCUGUGUGUUUGGUGAGAGGGGGGCAUGAAAUCAUCCUCUCUGCUUUUGAUAACUUUAAAGAGGUUUGUUCAGAAAAUCAGAGGUUUGAGAGACUGAUGGAGUACUUCAAGAAUGAGGACAAUAACAUUGACUUCAUGGUGGCAUGUAUGCAGUUCAUCAACAUUGUAGUCCACUCAGUAGAAGACAUGAACUUCAGAGUGCACUUACAGUAUGACUUCACUAAACUGUGUCUGGAUGAGUACCUAGAUAAGCUGAAGCACACUGAGAGUGAUAAGUUGCAAGUUCAGAUCCAGGCAUACCUAGAUAAUGUGUUUGAUGUGGGAGCUCUGUUGGAAGAUGCUGAGACAAAGAACGCAGCGCUGGAGCGGGUGGAAGAGCUGGAGGAGAAUCUGUCUCAUAUGACAGAGAAGUUGCAGGACACUGAAAACGAGGCCAUGGCAAAGAUUGUAGAACUGGAGAAACAGCUAAUGCAGAAGAACAAGGAUCUUGAUUCUAUACGGGAAGUAUACAAGGAUGCUAACACGCAGGUAAACACACUGAGAAGGAUGGUGAAGGAGAAGGACGAGGCCAUUCAGAGGCAAAGCAAUCUCGAGAAGAAGAUUCAUGAACUGGAGAAGCAAGGAACUAUCAAGAUCCAGAAGAAGAGCGAUGGGGAUAUUGCUAUCCUGGCCUCUGCUUCGUCCACUAAUGGUGUGCUGGCAGGGAUGGAGGGCACAGGAGGAAUGCAUAUCGGUGCCACGAUUGGUCUUGAAGGGCCCAGUAAUGGGGAAAGACCUGGCAUGAACAUACCACCACCCCCACCUCCACCUCCACCCAUGCCUGCAUCUAUACCAAACGGUCCAUCAGCUGUCCCCGAGCCGCCUCCUCCUCCUCCUCCUCCCCCACCUCCUCCUCCUCUCCCUGGUCCUGCUACAGAAGUGUCUGUGCCCCUUCCACCACCUCCUCCUCCCAUGGCACCUCCACUGCCCGGCUGUGGGUCUCCUACAGUCAUCUUCAACUCAGGACUAGCAGAGGGACCCAUCAAACUGUUCUCCGUGAAAAUUAAGAAGCCAAUUAAAACCAAGUUCCGCAUGCCUGUGUUUAACUGGGUGGCACUGAAGCCCAACCAGAUCAAUGGCACUGUCUUCAAUGAGAUUGAUGACGAGAGGAUACUGGAGGAUCUGAAUGUAGAUGAGUUUGAAGAGAUGUUUAAGACAAGAGCUCAGGGCCCUGCUAUCGACGUCACAUCCAGCAAGCAGAAGAUCAUCCAGAAAGGUCCUAAUAAAAUCUCCUUACUGGAUGCUAACAGGGCCAAAAACCUGGCCAUCACGCUCCGGAAAGUAGGCAAGACUCCAGAGGAGAUCUGCAGAGCCAUUCAGAUAUUUGACUUGCGGACCUUGCCAGUUGACUUUGUAGAGUGUCUGAUGCGCUUUAUCCCGACGGAGCCUGAAGUGAAGUUGUUGCGCCAGUAUGAGAAAGAGAGGAAGCCACUAGAGAGCCUCACAGACGAGGACCGCUUCAUGAUGCAGUUCAGCAAAAUCGAGCGCCUCAUGCAGAAGAUGACCAUCAUGGCCUUUGUGGGCAACUUCUGCGAGAGUGUGCAAAUGCUCACACCGCAACUACAUGCCAUCAUUGCAGCAUCUGUGUCUAUCAAGUCUUCACAGAAACUCAAGAAAAUCCUGGAGAUUAUUUUGGCUCUUGGGAACUACAUGAACAGCAGUAAAAGAGGAGCAGUGUAUGGCUUCAAACUUCAGAGUUUAGACUUGUUAUUAGACACUAAAUCCACAGACCGGAAGAUAACCCUGCUGCACUACAUUGCGAACGUAGUAAAGGAAAAGUACCAGCAGGUGUCACUCUUCUAUAAUGAGCUCCAUUAUGUGGAGAAGGCUGCUGCAGUUUCUCUGGAGAAUGUGUUGCUGGAUGUGAAGGAGCUCCAGAGAGGGAUGGAUCUGACUAAGAGAGAGUACAGUAUGCAUGGCCACAAUACACUCCUGAAAGACUUCAUACAGCACAAUGAGAGCAAGCUCAAAAAAUUACAGGAGGAUGCCAAGAUUGCACAGGAUGCCUUUGAUGAGGCAGUGAAGUUCUUUGGGGAGAGUUCCAAAACCAUGCCCCCGUCAGUGUUCUUCCCAGUGUUUGUGCGCUUUGUGAAGGCAUACAGGCAAGCAGAGGAGGAAAACGAGCAGAGAAAGAGGCAGGAGCAGAUGAUGAUGGAAAAACUGUUAGAGCAGGAGGCCAUGAUGGGGCAGGAAGAUCAAAAGUCUCCUUCUCAUAAGAAUAAACGGCAGCAGCAGGAGUUGAUAGCUGAAUUGAGGAAGAAGCAGGUGAAGGACAGUCGACAUGUUUACGAGGGGAAGGACGGAGCUAUCGAGGACAUUAUUACGGAUCUAAGAAACCAGCCUUACAGGCGCGCUGACGCAGUGAGGAGGAGUGUCCGGAGACGCUUCGAUGAUCAGAACUUGCGGCCAAUCAACAAUGCAGAGGUGGUCAUGUAACAAGGGCAGAGUGGAUGUGAUUGGAUGGGAUGGGGGAGUGGAACGAGGGGCUUUCAGCCUCUCUGUGAAAAGGACUGAUGAAAGAUUUGAAAGACAGAGAAAGUUGCUGUGAAAGGUCAAUCUACUUUUGACAAGCCAAGUGCCUGAAUUUAUCAUUGUAUGAUCAGCUGUUUGUGUUUUUAUGUUUUCAUAUGUGGUUUUACUUAAAACAAUAUGACUUGACCUGGCUUUCCCAUUCAAAAACUGGACAAAUGGAUAUGUUCUAAACUGUUCUGUACUCUGAAGAGUAAUGAUAUAUGGGAAGUGUUCCCUAGAUGUUUACAGUGCAUACUCAUUUAUAUACUAUGAAAAUCCAUAGUAACUUCUGACAUUCCAGUGCUCAUUGCCAUUACUUUGACUGCACACCGUGGUUCGAAACCCCUUUUGUAAUCUCUUAACAAGGGCUAAGCGUAUUCUUAAAGAUUACAGGCAUGUUGAACUGUUGCAAAUCUAAGAGAAUGCUGGCAGAAAAUCGUAGCAUAUUUUAAUCACACAUGACCACAACUUUUAAUGGAUAGAGAAGUAUGGAAGGGUUGUGUAAAGUAGAUGGUAGUAGGGUAAUGUGAAUUGUAUAUAUCCUAAGCAUUAACAUCUCCAGUCAUCAGCGUUAGCGGACCAAGUACGAAAAUCAUCUCACCUCACGCUCGAGUGAAAGCAUGACAAGCUUGCAUUUAGUCCCAAGGCAGGCAGGAUGUGGACCUUCUCAAAGCUGUAACCCAGUUACUAACUGUGCCCGAGUGCCACUCAAGUCAGCUUGACUUGGUGAAUGGCUGAACUGAAUUCUGCAGUAAUAUACAGCCUCAGCAGAUGGCAUUCCAUUGAGAGUGUUGAAUGAUAGCAGUUUGAGAACAACUACAGUGUAUACCAAAGAAUACAACCAGCAAGAACGGCACCUCAACAGUACCUGAUGCAUUUAUCAUGAAAACUGGACUCCAUUUCCUAAACUGUACUAUUGACUAAUAAAGAGGCUCUUGCACCUUCAGUAACUACACGUUUGAGAUACAGUAUUUAACCACUAAAGUACAACUCACUGCAUUUGGCUCAUGUAGUCCACUCAACUGAGUGCCACUUCUCUUUAGCAUCUAGCUCUAUGUAAGGUAAAACAUCAACAGAAAAGAAUUUGGGAAAAGAAUUGUACAGAUUUUGCUACAAAAUUCUUGCUUUUUUUUUUUUUUUUUUUUUACUACUUAACCUUUAUUAUCACAAGGUUAAUAUUGUACAUAUUGUUUAAAACUGCUUAAAAUGAAGAUUUCAGCAUCCUGUUACACCAUUUGAAUGUUAUUUUAACUUAUAGUUUUUCCAUUUUGUAUAUUUAAUUAAAGUAAAUCAUGAAUCUGGCAUAUCUCCUAUGUAGCUGAGGGCUCCAAUUUUACGCUUGCCUGAAAUUAUUAAGGCAUUAGAAUAACUGACCCAAUCUGACACCUAAGUACAUGUAAUGCAUUGCUAGCUAAUACGGGCAUGUCUGUAUUAUCUCCUGUCUUUUAUCCAUUCCAUUCCACUUACAGAACUGAAUCAAACUGGCAUGUGUUUGUCAUUUUCUUUCUAAUCAGAACUGUACCUUUAGGCAUUGUAUGUUUAUGGCAGAACUUUGAUUUUAAUAAGUUUUGUUAGCUCCACUGUUUGUUGAUGCCAAUGAUUAAAUAAACUAUUACAUUACUAUAA